AAGCGCACUUCCCGUCAGGAAACGCGGUAAAACGCUAUUCCGGUUUCGGAGGGACAGCGGCAUGGCAUCCAUCAGCGACGUGGCUAAUGUUAAUGGACGAGAAAACGGGGAGCCGGUGGUUAAGCGGCCACGAGAGAACGUCACGUCUGAGUUUCCGCUUCGCACCCCAAAGGAGCCUGCGAACAAAGUGACCGUGGUGCUCGGAGCUCAAUGGGGGGACGAGGGCAAAGGAAAAGUUGUGGACCUGCUCGCAAUGGAUGCGGAUAUUGUUUGCAGGUGUCAGGGUGGCAACAACGCGGGUCACACCGUAGUCGUGGACUCGGUGGAGUAUGACUUCCACCUGCUACCCAGUGGCGUCCUCAAUAAGAAAGCCAUCUCCUUUAUCGGCAAUGGGGUUGUCAUACACCUCCCUGGGCUGUUUGCAGAGGCACAAUCGAACCUGAAGAAAGGCAAAGGAUUACAAGGAUGGGAAGACAGACUUAAGAUUUCUGAUCGUGCUCACAUUGUAUUCAACUUCCAUCAGGCUGUCGAUGGCAUUCAGGAGCAACAGCGGCAGCAGCAAGAAGGGAAAAAUUUAGGGACGACCAAAAAGGGCAUAGGCCCCGCCUACUCCUCCAAAGCUGCUCGGAAUGGCCUCCGUGUGUGUGAUCUUGUCUCGGAUUUCAAAGUCUUUGAGGACAAGUUCCGCAUGUUAGCAGAGCAUUUCCUGACAAUGUAUCCAAAUCUGAAUGUAGACAUUGAAGGCGAACUGGAGCAGUUAAAGGGAUAUGCUGAGCGAUUGCCCCCUCUAGUGACAGAUGGUGUUUACUUCAUGCACGAAGCUCUUACUGGUCCCAGUAAGAAAAUCCUGGUGGAGGGGGCAAACGCCGCACUGCUGGAUAUUGACUUUGGCACAUAUCCCUUUGUGACGUCGUCGAACUGCACCGUCGGAGGAGUGUGCACCGGGCUUGGCGUGCCGCCGUCACACGUUGGAAGAGUGUAUGGCGUGGUGAAAGCCUACACCACCCGGGUGGGCGUCGGUGCCUUCCCAACAGAACAGGAUAACGAGACUGGGGCGCUUUUACAAUCGCGAGGUCACGAGGUUGGCGUGACAACCGGCAGAAAGCGACGCUGCGGCUGGCUGGACUUGAUACUGGUCCGAUAUGCUCACAUGGUCAACGGCUUCUCGGCCAUCGCCCUGACCAAACUGGACAUUUUGGACACGCUGGCGGAGAUUAAAGUGGGAGUGGCCUAUAACGUUGAUGGGAAGCCUCUGCCCAGUUUCCCGGCAAACAUGGACGUUCUGACGCGCGUCACCGUGGAGUACAAAACCUUCCCCGGGUGGUGCCGCAGCACCGAGGCGGCCCGCAGCUUUCCCGAGCUGCCGUCGCAGGCGCAGAACUACAUUCGCUUCAUUGAGGACUUCCUGCAAGUGCCAGUCAAGUGGGUUGGAGUGGGCAAGUCCAGGGAGAGCAUGAUCAAACUGUACUGAUCAGCGGCCACUGCCGUUGACUUCCUCACCCGUGGCCAGUACGACGUCGCUUUGCCAUCAUUUCACGUUUAAACUCCAUCAUAAUGGAAAUAUUUCAGCAGAAAGUCUCACAAUUAUCAAUCACAAGUCAACUUGUGUGUUCCAGCUGAUGUUUCUGUGUUUUUAGGGUGUCAAGUUUUACAAUUGGGUAUUUACUGUUUAAUCAUUCCUUUCCACAGUGAUGAACCCCCGUUUUUUAAAUUCUGAAGCUCAUGCUUGUUUACCCUUUAACAAUUAUUUACCGACUCGUGAGGAGUACCAUCAGCAUUUUUUUAAACCUGAGGUGGCAUGAUAGAGUAGCUAGCAUUCACGGCAACGUGAAAGCCCAUUAUGCAAUAAUGUUGACGUUUUUUUUUCUUGAACUGUUUUAAAUGCAUUUAAGUUGUUUGUAACCGUGAUUGUUAGUGUGUGUUGUAUUUUUGGAGCUCAUUCUCACCGCAAAAUAAUAAAUAAAAAUCAGAUUUCCACGCCACAAUUUUGCUCCCCCCACCAGAAAAAUUGAUGUAAAUAUAAAAAGAGACUCGUAAUAGUAAAUGUCAUUCGGUUUCUAUAUGGCAUCAUAUUCCCCUUGUGGCUUGCUAUUGUCAAUAAAUGGAAACUUUAAUCUUACAA